AUCAUUUGUGGCUUGAUCUCGUUCUCCUCCUUCGUCUCCAACAUCACGUCCUCGAUGACGCAGCUCCGAAAUCUCAACAGCGAGAAGCAGAAACAGCAGGCGUCUCUUCGCCAGUACUUCUCCCAAAAUGAGGUGCCCCCGGAAGUGAGCAAGUGCAUCUAUGACUGGAUAAGCAGCCAUCGAAAGAAUCAUCGAGUGCGCGUUCAUGAAGAGGAUGUCGAACCUCUGGCCGAAGUGCCGGAGCGCUUGAAGUUCAAGUUGCGCGAGGCAGUCUACCGCCCUGUUCUCUGCCGUCAUCCGUUCUUCCUCGAGUUCUGCGAGGCCGAUGGGCGGACGUUGGACAGGCUCUGUCACCAAGCGGUGUCGGAGAUCAGGGUCAGCACAGAGCACACCAUCUUCAUCAAGGGAGAGCAGGCAACAGGCAUGUACUUUGUGACCGGCGGAGAACUCGAGUAUUGGAGAUCGGCGUUGAUGGACCCGAUACCCAUUCAGACAAGCGACUGGCUCAGUGAAGUGGCACUGUGGGUGUCGUGGAGGCACUGUGGCACAUUGGCGGCAAAGUGCCAGAGUGAUUUGAUGCUCGUGGACACCGACAUGUUCAGAUCCGCCAUCGCCACUUGCAGCAAGGUGGGCCGGCGCCUGGUCCGUGGCUAUGCAGCAGCCUUUGUGCGCCACGAGUGUGAGGCCCAGCCCGCUGGAGCCUGGCUUGGGGACCUUUGCUGUAGCCAUGAGGCCAUCGCUGCAUUGCUGGAGACAACCAUGCACAAGAGCCAGCC